CUCAGAGGGCACGUUGACUAGCCAGAAGUAAAGAGUAGCUUCAGUGAACGUGAGUUUCCCGACCGUCAAAUACGGAAAAUAAAGGUAUGUGGCCUUGCUUGGAUUAGCAGCUAUGGAUGAAGAACGGCGCAGGGUAACUGUGUCCUGGACCAGUGGGACACUGGCACCUGUGGACCGUCUUCAGUGUGACAGGGCGGAGAGCCCCACGCCAGGUCUGGUGGAGGGAACUGAACCAGGCGCUGGUCAGAAAAGUGCCAUGUUUGUGCAUACACACUCAUUUGAAGAUCUGACGAAUGAGGCUGAGGAAGAGGCUCGGCGGGAGGCGGAAAUGGCUAAAUCACAAGAGUAUGCAGAAGACCUGCAGGUGCUGGUGGAGGAGAAAACUGUAGAGGUACAAUUCAACAACAAUGAAAUUUUGACAGCAAGCCAGACUAAGGAUGAGGACGUGUCCAGUGAGGCGUGGCGGAGCCACAGAAAACACGUGUUUGUGCUCAGCGAGGCUGGGAAGCCAAUCUAUACACGCUACGGUACAGAGGAGGCUCUGUCCACCACCAUGGGUGUGAUGAUGGCCCUCGUGUCUGUCGUUGAAGCUGAGAAGAACAUCAUUCGCUCCAUUCAUGCAGAUGGAUGUAAAGUGGUGUUCCUCACCAAGAGUCCGCUGGUGCUGGUGGGUGUGUCUCGUUCCUCUCAGUCAGAUAAGGAGCUGAUACGGGAGCUGCAAUAUGUUUACUACCAGAUCGUCAGCUUGCUGACACUCACCCAGCUCAACCACAUCUUCCAGCACAAGCAAAACUAUGACCUGCGACGCCUGCUGACGGGCUCUGAGUACCUCACAGACAAUCUGCUGCUUCGGUUGGAACGUGACCCGGGUCUGCUGCUCAGUGCUGCCACCUGCUUACCUCUGGCCAGCUCUGCCAGGGAUGUGGUCUCAUCAAGUCUGCAGGCAGCAAAAGCCAAAAACCUGGUUUUCUCCAUCUUGCUGGCAGGGGAUCGCCUGGUUACGCUGGUGAGGAAAAAAGACCAGUACCUGCACCACAUAGACUUGCACCUGGUUUUCAACCUUGUUGGAUCCUCUUCAUCCUUUCAUGAGGGUGAAGGGUGGACACCAAUCUGUCUGCCAAAAUUCAACACCGCCGGUUUCUUUCAUGCGCACAUCUCUUACCUGGAGCCAUCAUCACAACUCUGCCUCAUUCUCAUCUCGACUGACCGAGAAGACUUUUUUAACAUCUCCGAAUGCAAGCAUCAUUUCCUGGAAAGGCUGAGCAAGCGCAAUGCUUACCAGGCCUUGAAGGAAGCGGUCAAAUGUCCAAACUAUUCAGUUUCCCAAGUUGGCAUCCCAGAGCUCAGGCACUUCUUGUAUAAAUCAAAGAGCUCAGGACUUUACACCAGUCCAGAGUUUCCUGUGGGAUACCAAUCUAUAGGAGAGCAGGAAAGGCUUAUGGAAUUGUACCAGGACCUUCACAGCCGCAUGCACCAUCCAACGAGACCACUGCGCUCCUUUUACCGCUGUGGUCAACAUGAAAACAUGUUGGCAUGGGUAACAAGUGGCUUUGAGCUCUACCUCUGCUUUAGUCCGAUGGGAACCAAAGCUCUGGCUAUCUCUGCUGUCAACAAACUGCUGAAGUGGAUCAGGAAGGAGGAGGAUCGCCUCUUUAUCCUGAGUCCUCUCACAUACUGAUGGGGGACCUUCUGGUACAAACAGUGUCACCCUGAUCACAGGCAGGCGAGCUGUGGAGAACAAAGGCCAUGCAGCAUCUCUUUAUGCUGUCAAAUAUUUGUUUAUCCUGUUUUUACUAGAGCCUGACUGAUAUGGGUUUCUUGUGGGCUGAUGCCGAUACAACAUUAGGGAAUAAAUUAAAUUCAUACCAGUGCAUUGGCCAAUAUAUAAAUUUCAAAAAAUGGCAGUGAUUCCUAACACACCUGUCACACCUUGAUGAUUUAGCCAGCAUAUGUCGACUGUAUUAAAACACACUGGUGAACGUCUAAUAAGUUAUGGGUAAGUUUUGUAUAAGUUAACAGCACGUUGAAGCACUCUGAUAUGUGUCAUAAUACACCAAGUACCUCGAAAGAUUUUGGGCAUGCGCAGUAUUUUUGACGUAUGCCAGCGUAUGUCUGAUAUGUUCUGCAUAUGUGGGACAUAAGUUGUAGUUAAGUUAUGUGAUUGUUGACACACGUUUCUUGUAAGUUACUCAUAAGCUGAAAUACAUCUAUUGAUGCUGUCCAUUGAACGGCUGAAAGCUGCAGUCCUCAUGUAAACAGACUGUUUCAAAUAUUAAAACCACUACCACAAUGAGUAAAUUCUAAGUCUUAAUCUUACCUGUUGUUUCAGUCGGAUUCAUCAUCACAGCCUGACGAAAAUGUAUCCACAUGAAGUGACCUGAUGUUGGAAAACAACGUCUGAAAAUACUUUAAUUCCUUGUUGUGGCUGGAAACGUAGCAUUUUAAAGCAAGUCCUGCAAUGUUUUUUCUGCUCCACACAGUACAAUCACCCGUGUUAAAUUAACACUGGCAGUGUUAAUUCAAUUCAGUUUUACAUUAGUGAUUUUACUAUGCAGGUGCAUCUCUCAGGCUGAAUCAGAGAAUGCUAGUUCUUUGCGCCACAAGACAACUUAUUUUAAAAGUUGAAAGGGUCACAGCGCCUCAUUCAUUCACGUCAGUGUUUAUCACAGGCAUCAGUUGAUUCUUCAGCAGUCUGCAUGCGAUGAAAAUAAAUCCCAUGAUUCACCAAGACAAAAAUAAAAUAAUGUUAAAUUGCUCUGUUUUUCCUCCGUGUGGAGAAGAGACAGAGACACAGUAUGUGCGCUUGAUGACGUGCUUGUCAAUAUUUAAAUGUUCCACCUGCCAAACAAAAGGGUCUUGCCGGCAGUGGAAAUGCGCCUGUGGACGUCUGGCACCAGUGGACAACGUUAUGCCAGACUGACCGCAGGAUGCCAUGCCUGAAGCUGAUGCAGCAGAUGUUGUUUUGAUUUCCUGUUUUCUGUUUCUUCAGCUCUGCUAAACUUUGUAAAAACCUUGUAACUGUUAGAAUGG